AUGCGCAACUGCUUACUUGGACAUCACAAUUUACAUGUCGCUACCUUAGAUUCAGCUCAAAAUGACGCAAACGGUAUUACACCACUGUGUAUGGCAAGUUAUCUUGGAAAGACAGAGAUUAUGACCCUUUUGUUGGAAGACGGCAGGGUGAACGUUGACGGAGCAGACAACAAAAACGCCACGCCUUUGAUGUAUGCCGCUCGAGAUGGCAAUGCGACAAACGUAAAACUUUUGCUCCAAUACGACGCGUCCCCAGACGUGACAGAUGAUCAUGGCUGGUCAGCGCUACAGUGGGGAGCAAGGAAUCAGGAAAUUAUUUUGUUAUGUGAGGAAGCGUUAAGGAGUAGAAGACCUGAAGUACCAGUAAGUUUUUCAGAGCCUAUGACAUUAGGGAGGAAUGAUUGUCUUGCAAACAGGUGGAUAAUCUUUUGUUUUUUUUUUCUUUAUACAGGUUCUCAGCACUUCCUCACAAUAUGUGAAAUACCCAACGAAUUACACACGGUUGUUUUCCCUCAUUAA